GAUUUUGUUAAAUAAAUCAAAAACAUGCAAAAGAAUCGUAUCAUUCUCAAUAUACUAUGAACUCAACUAAUCACGUAAAAAAGAUGACAGACUUAUCUCUCAAGUAUGAUUGGCGGGAUAGAGGAAUCAUAGGACCUGUUCGAAAUCAAGAAUCUUGCAAAGCAUGGUGGGCAUUCAACAUUAUCGGAAUAGUCGAAUCCAUGUACGCCAUCGAAACCGGAACUUUGUAUUCCCUUAGCGUGCAAGAAGUAAGUCGGAACUAUUAUAUUUCUGACCUGUUUUUCUGUUUACAACGGUUCCUGAAUAUUAAUCGAGUUUGUUCCAGCUAUGUGGAUAGAGAGUAUUAUCUUUUGAACCGGCUCGUUAAUCACGGACCUGUAGCUUAUGUAAACGCCAUAAACUGGCAGAAUUAUCGAAGUGGUAUAAUAGAUUAUAAUUGCGACGACUCCAUUUUUAAUAUGAAUCAUGCGGUGCAAAUAGUGGGAUACGAUACAAUGGGGAUGAUACCGUAUUACAUCGUUAAAAGCUCGUGGGGAUCCAAUUUUGGUGAAAAUGGUUAUCUUCGCCUUGCAAUGAAUAAAAAUAUAUGCGGUAAGAUCAAUUAUGAACGGAGAGCAUGUGAUAUUCAAUUAAAUAGAUCAUCCAUUUCAGCGGACGAGUAAAUACUUAUUUGUGUGUUCACAGGUAUUGUCAAUGAAAUCGUGUCGUUGGACGUUAUUUAAUCGAUUAAUUUUAAAUCCUUUGUAUCUGAGAAGUAUAUAUCGAGAAUCCAAGAAUCAAAAUAUAAUAGUGUAUAAUACGUAUAUACGUUAAUAUUUCUUUUUAUAAAAAUAUUUUGUAAGCAGAAAUGUUGCAAAACUGUAAACUAAUAAAAAAUAUAUUCGGCGUAAUAAAUAAUAUUAUAAUAAUAUUAUAUUCCUCAUGCCGAUUAUUUUUGUAGCGUACGAAACCUUGUACGAAACCUUUCAAAUAUGCUUAAAUAAUGGAUGAUACAACAAAUUUAAUAUUU